AUGUCUGGAUCAGCAUCAGCAUCAACCAAUCCAGGCUGGGGCCAGGGCAAGAGUAAGAAUGCGCGCAAAAAGCGCCGACAACGUGAGAAGGCAGCCAUAAAGGAACUCCGUGCGCCGAGAAAAAUUCGAAGAAACCUGAAUCGAGCACUAAACGAAGCGCGGAGAGUCAACAACGUGGCAAAGAGAGCCCUCCUGGAAGCACAGAUGCAAGCGCAGAGAGUUCACGAUGACGCCAGAAUGGCCGGCCACACAACACUAAACGAAGAACAGAUGGCCUGUCAGAGAGCAGUGGAUAAUGCUCAGAGAGCCCAUACCGAAGCAAUGCAGGAAGUUCGCAGAGUCGAACGACAAGCGCACGAAGCAAAUGGUCACGGUCCACCACGAGAUGCUCCAAUUAAGCUGCAAAACAAUCAUGUUGGAAGGCACAGAGCUACCUUUAGCCAACCAAAGAAGGUAGAGAUCAUUGAUCUGACCCAAGAUGACACUUCUGAACAGAUUCAAAGUGCGCCAGGGAUGUUUCAGCCAAAUACACAGCCGUACAGCGGAUUAACACACAGCUUGAAGCAAGAGCCUUUGGCUUUUGACGCUGCUGCACUACAAACAAUGGAACAGAUUGGCUUCAAUUCAGAGUCAUUUCGAGAUUUGCAACAAGGUCUCACCCCACUCAUCAAGCUGGAGCAGCAGACACAAUAUCUUCCCUCAAAAAACGACUCAUCAUCUCUUCAUCGGGCUGGAAUACUCAGUGGUGCGCAAGCUACAAAGCCUGCCACCACUUUUGGGGCACCCUCCAAGCCCCUUCCUGGACUACAACGAGUGGCAUGGACAACAGCAAACCCGGAAGCCAUUGCCAACUUGGGAUUAAUCAAGAAUAAGUCUCUUGAAGACUUGUAUCAAGAGUAUCCCGAGAAACGAUUGCGUGGCAUUGAGCCCGAAACACUGUGCGUUGUGGCCAAUACAGUCCACCAAGUAGCCAAAGAGGCAGCAAACACUUGGCUCAAGUCGGCCUGCCCGGGAACCCGUUGGAAUGACAGCAUUGUCAAUGUUGAAGGACUUUACGACUUCAACGCAUCAGAGCUGGACUACACUAUACUUGACAGAUCCCUGUGCCUGCAAGUUGUCAAGAAGACAGUCAUCUCACAGUUGGGAGGAUUACGGGCCUUUAUACACGAUACCAAGAUCAUGACACCGCUCAAUCUAUUACGUGUCAUUGACCAGUCUGUCGCCAUAUGCCAGAAUGUCAAGGACAAUAAGCGCCGUAUUUUGCUCGAGAAGGCCAAGCAAAAGUUGGAGUGGUUACCCGUGGGCUUGGAUUGCAAGAAACUCGAUAUUCACCGUCGCGCCAAUCAGGGACUCCGAGAGGCGCACACAAGAGUUCAAGGGGAAGAGGAUCUGUCUCUCUACUCGGAGCAUAUGAAGCGUUUCAAUGAAGCCCAUGCAGAAACCCAAGUCUUGGACCGUGCUCUGGUCGAGUUCCAGGAGCAUCGUUUGAUGUAUCUAAUCGAGAUAUUCAGAACGCUCCAGCAGCUUCUGGAGGCAAGCGCCUAA